GUACCCCGUCACGAAAAAACGACUCAGGUCGUACCAUGGUCGUACGAAGGUACGUCGAAUCAGGUAGAAAUUACAUCGUAAACCAACAAGUACAGUUCCAUAAAGUGCUCGCUCCGUGAAUUACGUGAUGGUCGUGCUGUUGUUACAAGACUAACUAGCAAUAAACGAUAAAAAAUGCGAAUUCUUCUUUGCUUGCUGCUUGUCAUCCCGGCAGUACUAACAGCCGCCACCCAUACCAAUUGCAUUAUUGGUUGCAAAUGCGACGAAGACGUCAUAAUUGCAAGAAAACUGAAAAUCCGAGAAUGCGACAGUCCGCUUAUUCUCACUAAGUCCACGCUUACUAGUGUUUCCAAGAAGAUUACCGUGAUCAGUUAUAGGAAUGUUGUUAUCAAACGUAUCGAAGGUGACGCAUUUACUGGCUUUAACGAACUUGAAUCAGUAAUUAUCCAAGAUGCAAAUAUCGAGUCCAUUGACCCUCGAGCGUUUGAUUUACCCGAGUUGGGCACAAUCACAUUUACAAAAACCACGUUCGGUGAAAGCCCGAAUUUGAACUCGACGUAUUUGGAGGAAUUGAUAUUCAACGACUGCAAAUUAUCGCGAGUGCCAAACUUGGAUAACCUACCAGGGUUAAGUUUUCUGAGUCUAACUAACAACUUGAUCCACACCAUUGAUGAAAGUACCUUCAGCAAAGCCGAGAACUUGGAAGAAAUCAAUUUAGCUAACAACAGUAUCUCUGAGUUGUCGCCGAAUCUAUUCAUCAAUAAUCCCGACUUCAAUGUUCUCAAUCUAGAUUACAACCCUUUGAAAUCGUUCGAUUUUAAUUUCGAGUCAGACUUAGAAUUCUUGUCUUUGAGACACUGUAAGUUAACGACGUUCGAUCGUCGCACUUCAGAAAAUCUCAGUUUGCUUAGCUCUCUAGACUUAAGCGGAAACGAGAUUUCUAUUUUGCCACUCGACGCUUUUGAACCCAUGAAGGAUCUAAAUAACUUGGAUCUAUCAAACAACAAAUUGGUGGAACUGGACGAUAACAUUUUUUAUGAGAACAGCAAACUCAAUAGAAUCAUCAUGGAUAACAACCCGUUCCACCGCUUGCCACAUUUCGAAACCAAAGAAAAAACCUUCCAAACGUACACAUUUUCAUGUAAGAACUGCAGUCUGAGGUCCGUCAAAGGUGUAUUUGAUAACAUGAGAGGUCUCGUUACGCUCGACCUAUCCUACAAUAAACUCAAAGAUAUCGACGGAGUGUUCACCGAGAUGUCGGGCAUCAAGGAAAUAUUUUUGUCCCAUAACAAAAUUUCCAGUAUUGGGGUAAAUUCCUUUAGAAAGAAAUCGGAACUUGAAACUUUAGAUUUAUCCAAUAAUCCACUGUUGCCUCUAGAUCCUGUAUUCUUCACGUCGUUGCCACUACUGAAGAAACUAAAUGUUAGCGGUUCUGGUUUGAAAUCAUUGUGGGCUAACCACAAUGCAAUUCUUCCUUCCAUGGAACAAUUGUUUGUUGAUCAAAAUCGCUUGCCCGGAAUUACUGUAAGUGACAUGAAAGUACUUCCGAACUUGAAGCUGAUUGAUGUACACGGAAAUCCACUUCGAUGUACUCAGGAUUUGUACGACCUAAUACGAUAUUUAACGGAGAAGUCUAUUGUUCCCCAGGACCCAACUGUUCGAACGCACGAAGAAACAAAAUACGACACCACAAUAAUCUUUAGUCCGAAACGAAACUGGAAGUCUAUCCUCCCGACUGGCUGUCCGUUCGAAGAUGAUCUUAUCGGCAACAAAUUGAUUAACAAGGAUGAAGAGGAUUAUGACGACGAUGAUGAUGAUGACGAAGAAGAAGAUAUUGAUGGUGAUGACUACACAGCGUAUGACAAAGUGGAAGAGGAUGAAAACGAGAGUUUUGAAGAGUCAGUAACCACCGCCCGUGGUUUUAAUUUGACGAAGAUGUCUUAUAUUUUGUCAAUUUCGUCCGUUUUUAUUUUAACAGCUCUUCUAGUUCUGUUUGUCGCCGUGAUGGUGACCCUUAUGAUUUUGAAGAGAAAUAAAUCUUUCAACAUGCAUAACGGCAACCUUCCAAGAGUGAAGAUACCGUUAUGGCAUACAGUGCAAGGUCAUAAGAAGCAUAGUGGAUCUGUGUAUCGACCGCUAACUGAAGAAUUCUCUGGAUCGCGUACCCCUAUUAUAAAUCGAUACGAAUUUAAACAAAUUCCACAAGUUCAUAAUUCACAAUCACAAUAAGUUAGUGAUGUAUUAGUGUGAAACUGUGUAUCUGAUUAAUUAUAUUAUUUACUUUU